AUGAAGGAUUUCUACAGCCGAGCUGCAGAGUGGAAUCUCGAACAGGAUUACGAGCGCCGGCCGCGUAAAACGAGCAAACGAGAUAAAGAGAAAAACCGUCUUCCGAUUAAAACUGCGGAAGGGACGAUAGAACAUGUUUCAGAACCUAUUGUGGAAGAUGACUCGGAAGAUUUAUUCGAUUCGGACGAAGAUGAUGUGGAGGAACAGCCAGAGGCCGAAGUUGUUGAGCAGUCAAAACCACAUGUGCCUGCUAAAGUCCAAAUUCUAGAGGCAAAAGAAGAACUGGCAAGGAUCGCAGAGCUUAUCAAUGAGGAUCCAGAGGAGCAUACCGGUUUAUUUAAAAGGUUGGCAGAUAUGGUAUCAGAGACCUCGCUUCCCGCAGUGAAAAAGCUAGCAUUGGCGACCCAAGUGGCUAUAUAUAGAGACGUGAUUCCUGGCUAUCGGAUAAGGCCGUUAGGCGAGGACGACAUGACGACCAAUGUUUCGAAGGACGUACGGAAACUUCGUAAUUUUGAGCAAUCGCUUCUCGCUGGGUAUCAGAACACUGUCAAGAUGUUAGCUUCGUUCGCGAAACCACAGACAAAGGAAAGUGUUGAUACAGAAGGCUUGAAAGCUGUUUCAAUCAAUUGCGCAUGCAGUUUGCUUAUUGCUGUAUCCCAUUUCAAUUUUCGGGGUGAGCUGCUAAAGAUUCUGGUUUCGCAACUUGGUCGGCGGAAGGUCGAUGACAACUUCGUGAAGUGUCGCGAGACAAUAGAGAAGCUCUUUGCCAAUGACGAGGAUGGGAUCGUGUCCAUGGAAGCGGUCAGCUUGUUGUCUAAAAUGAUGAAAGCUAGAGACUACCGUGUUCACGACAGCGUGUUGGAUACCUUUUUACACCUGCGUCUACUUUCCGAAUUCUCUUUAAAGGGCUCAAAGGAUACCAUUGAUAGCCACAAGAGCGACCAAACAAUUAAAGGGAAAAAGCCAAAGAUGAAGCGUGAGUUUAGAACUAAAAAGGAGCGAAAGCUGUUGAAGGAGCGAAAUGCAGUUGCAAAAGAUAUGAAAGAAGCAGACGCCCUCGUCAGCCAUGAACAACGGGAUAAGAUGCAAGCAGAAACCCUAAAGCUGGUAUUCGGCACGUAUUUCCGCAUUCUCAAACUCCGCAGCCCAAAUUUAAUGGGUGCUGUGCUCGAAGGCCUUGCGAAAUACGCCCACUUAAUCAACCAGGACUUCUUCGGAGACCUCCUUGAAGCCUUGAAAGAACUCCUAGCGCAAGCUGCCACCUCCGAUUCUUCUGAAACCGCAGAUCCCUCGGAUACCAUUAAUGGACCUGAUUCCCUCGAAGAAGUUGCUACAAGAAGUAUAACCCGCGAAGCGCUCCUCUGUUGCAUAACUGCCUUCGCUCUUCUAGAGGGUCAAGAUGGCAGCAAAGCUGCCUCCACACUGCACCUCGACCUCAGCUACUUCAUGACCCAUCUCUAUCAAUCUCUUUAUCCCCUUUCUUUACAUCCAGAAAUCGAAUACAACCCCAACAAAUCCCUACAUCUCCCUGACCCAUCCUCCUCGCUUCCCGAACAUGCUCAAACUAAGACCAACAACAGAGUGAACUUCCAAACUCCUACAGUUCUUCUCCUGCGCUGCCUCCAAUCAACCCUCCUUGCCAAAGCAGGCUUCACGAAACGGCUCAUGACCGCCUCGCUACAGUUGCCGGAGAAGUCAUCGCUGGCUUUGCUCUCGUUAUUAACUCGUGUAGCGAAGCAGCAUGGGCGGAAGAUCGCGCCGUUGUGGAAUACUGAGGAGCGUCGGGGGGAUGGCGUCUUUAAUCCGCUGGCUGAGACGGUCGAGGAGAGCAAUGUGCUUGCAGGGAAUGUGUGGGAGGGCGAGUUGUUGAGGUUGCAUUAUUGUCCGAAGGUUCGGGAGGCUGCGAAGGAGGUUGAGAAUGUUGUUGCGUCGGUGAAGUAG